GUUUGCCUCUGUUCAUCGGUAUACUUUUCGCGCAGCAUCGGAUAUCUAAAGCUUUCUCUCUUCCUCUUUCACAAAUUUUGCUUUGUUUUGGUGUGGGGGAGGGAGAGCUUCUGAUCGAGCUUAGCUUUUCAAAAUUUUGCUCACACGAACGAGCUGUGUAUUAGAUAAGGUUACGCUAUUAUUCCACUGCCAACUAUGGAACCGUUUACUUUCGCGAGCUCGGGGUCGCUGGAGAGGAAUGUUGAAGUGAGGAUUGAUUCGCUUGAAGGGCAGCGGUCCUCCCUAGCUUAUACGACGCUUAUGGCGGACCCCAGUUUGAAGCAUGUUGGAUCGAAUACCACGCCCUAUUCGGAUAUGUAUGUCACUGCACAGCUGUUCGCUGAUAGUAAACCGCUAGCGGUUCCAGUGCAAACUUCUUAUAAAGCAUUUAAGAAUCAGAGAUUGUGGUCUGAAUGGCUCACGGUGCCAGCGAAGUAUUGCGAUUUACCUCUAUCGUCACAGCUCGCGAUUACAUUAUGGGAUUUGGCUGGCCCUGGGAGGCCGGUGCCGUUUGGAGGGACUACGGUGACUUUGUUUGAGAAGGAUAAUAACCUCAAGAAAGGCCGACAGAAGUGUAAGGUCUGGCUUGGAGUCGAAGCUGAUGGCUUGAGUGACACUACUACCCCGAGUACUGUUGAAUCGCAUAGUGAAAUGGAUCGUCUCGAGAGGCUCUUUAAGAAACAUGAGCUUAAGGAACUCCCCCGAAUAGACUGGCUGGAUAACCUAGCGUUUCGUCAAAUAGAAAGAAUUAAUAAGGAAGCUACGACCGAGGAUAAGAACGAUCACUACCUCUUCAUCGACUUUCCUAGGUUUGAUUUUCCAAUUGUUUUCGCCGACUUCGAAUACUCAGAUCAUAACCAUCGGGAUCCAUCGAAUCUUUCACCCACAACUUUCACAAUGAUAGUGCCGGUUUAUGACCCUGAGAACCCUCGGGAUAAUCCGGCGGAGAAUGGCCCUCUCGAUAGGGACUUGAAGCCGAAUGCUAAAAUCCGUGAUGAGCUUAAUGAGAUACUGAAUUAUAGCCCGACGCAUGACCUCGUUGGUGCGGAGAAGGACUUGUUGUGGAAGUUUAGAUUCUACCUUACUAGAGAUAAGAGGGGGCUCACCAAGUUUCUUAAGAGUGUGGCUUGGGGAGAUCCGGCGGAGAGUAAGCAGGCUGUCCAAUUGUUACCUAAAUGGACCGAGAUCGACGUUGAUGAUGCCCUUGAGCUUUUGGGCCCUGGGUUCGAUAAUCCCGCUGUUAGAGCGUAUGCAGUGGAUCGGUUGAGGAAGGCUGGUGAUAACGAUUUACAACUAUAUCUUCUGCAGCUGGUACAAGCUCUCAAAUUUGAGAAGAUCAGAACAGAGACAGGACCGGAUGCAGCUGCAGACUCGAGUCUAGUGAACUUCCUUAUUUCGAGAGCUUGCACGAACGAGACCUUGGGCAACUUUUUCUACUGGUAUCUCAUGGUUGAAACGGAAGAUACCAAUCAGAAAUACAAGAGGCUGUUCAGCAAAGUUGCAUACCAGUUCCAAGUUGCACUGACUAGGAUGCCGGAUGGCGACAAGAAGCGGGCGACCUUGAAACGACAGGCAGAAUUUGUUUUCGGGAUUGGUGAAAUAUCAAAGGAGAUACAGAGCAACAAAGGCGACCGGCUCAAGAAGGUUGAGCAUCUGAAGCGUGCGUUAUCUGAUCCCAAGAAUGAGUUGUUAUCCUUCGAGUCGGUUCCUUUGCCUUUGGAUCCUAGUGUUACGGUUGUUGGGUGCUUUCCAGAAUCUUCCAAUGUUUUUAAAUCGUCACUAUUCCCACUUCUUAUACAUCUGAAGACGGAUAAGGGCGAGAGGUAUCCUAUAAUUUUCAAGAGCGGAGAUGACCUUCGUCAGGACCAAUUGGUCAUCCAGAUUGUAACCUUGAUGGACAAUCUCCUAAGGAAGGAAAACCUGGAUCUGAAGCUCACGCCCUACCGCAUCCUUGCCACUAGUGCAUUCACUGGUGUUGUACAGUUCGUUGACUCCUUGAGUCUAGCAAGUAUCGAGCGAGGUGCCGGAAUCCUACCAUACCUAAAGUCGAACAAUCCGGACCCCACGCAGGAAUAUGGAGUGAGGGCGGAAGUGAUGGAUACGUAUGUCAAGAGUUGCGCUGGGUAUUGCGUAAUUACGUAUAUCCUGGGUGUCGGAGAUCGGCAUUUAGAUAAUCUUCUAUUGACACCUGAUGGCCACUUCUUCCACGCUGACUUUGGCUUCAUCCUCGGCCGAGACCCAAAGCCCUUCGCGCCCGCCAUGAAACUUUGCAAAGAAAUGGUGGACGGGAUGGGCGGUGCGAAUUCCCGGCACUACAUUGAAUUUAAGAACUACUGCUACACGGCGUACACCACGCUGCGCAAGUCUUCGAACUUGAUACUCAAUCUGUUCGCGCUGAUGGUCGACGCCAACAUUCCGGAUAUCCGGUUGGAGCCUGAUAAGGCGGUGCUGAAAGUUAAGGAUAGGUUUUGUCUGGAGAUGACGGAGGAAGAUGCCAUCAAGCAUUUUAGAAUUUUGAUCGAUAAUAGCAUGAACAGUGUUUUGCCAGUGCUGAUUGAUAGGAUACAUGUUCUCGCGCAGAUUUGGAGGACGUAAUUUGGAUGGGAGUUGGGGGGUUGUUAGGAGAUCUUGCGAGUGUUGAGAUACCUCCUUGUAUGAUAUAUAUGUUAUAAAUUCUCUCUCUCGGUCAAGGGAUCCUAGCCUGCAGACAACUUGGAAGAAAGGGAAAAGAAAAGGAAAUCCAACAGCGUAUCUGGUAUCACAAUCUAGGUUUAUGCUGGCUGUGAUA